AUGCAACCCACCCGCGCCCUCCUGGGCAUGCGCUACCGCAAGCUCCGCCUCACAACCAAGGACGUCAACAAGGGCUUCUACAAGGGCACCGGCUCCGGCUCCAUGGGCCGUCACACCUCCCGCGGUGGCUACAUCAUCGAGUGGAACAAGGUGCGGACCUAUGUCUGUCCCGAUUUGACUGGGUUCAAGCUCACCCCCUUUGUCACCAACGCCGUCAAGAGAACAUACGGACAGUACGACACCAAGCUCGGGCCGAGGGACCCCCAGGAGUAUCUCGCGAGGUGGAAGUCGGAGAACGGUCUUGAUUAA